UGGUUCCGUUAUGAGGUCACGGUGAGGGACUGAGCUGAACGCUCAGCAGCGAGCGCAAGCGGUAGACAUGAGACGGACGCGAUAGCUGGAAACAUUUAUUCGCACAGCUGAAUGAAUCUCUGCUGGCAACAAAAAAAAUAACAGGACCGCGUUUCCUUCGACAGGGAACUACUGAAAAACAUCACCCGUUGGCUUUAUAGGCGCAGGACAGGCUUGCAUACGAAAGACUCCAAGGAAGAGGCGCGUGAGGAAAGUUUUCCUACGCGAAAACAAACUGGACGGAACAGUGCAGAAAUCGUGACGCAUAAGCCAUGCACUGGUUGUACAGCGUGGGAUAGUUCUUCUGGUGCCGUUCGUUUGAAGGGGAUGCCUUUUUGGUGGCUUUCUUCAACAAAAGUUUGACACCAGGAACGCCGUAUUUUUCUGUUCGACAAGAAAACGCGUCUUUCUGAACGGAACAUUUCUCGCACUCGUCCAGAGUCGCUGUUUUCUUCUGUUAUUUGUUGGUUUGGCUGGAGGAUCCGUUCCUCAUCGUGUAGUUUGGGGGACAGGGGGUGGGUUGGAUAUCUAUCUAUAUUUUUCACUUUUCCUUCAUGGCCUCCUCCAGGAUGUAUCUUCUUAUGAAAUGCAUGCUGAUUUUCCAACUUGUGGUGUUGAUCGCGAAGAACAGUCGGGCGCUCAUUUGUUUGCCCUGUGAUAAGUCCAAAUGCGAGGAGCCCAAGCUCUGCACGGGCUCCGUGGUGUUGGGGAUCUGCGGCUGCUGCUCGGUUUGUGCCAAGCAGAAGAACGAGAGCUGCGGCGGCGUUUACGGUCUGUACGGGACCUGCGACCGCGGACUCCGGUGCGUGAUCAGACCCCCGUUAAACGGCGGCUCCAUCACGCAGUACGAGGUUGGAGUUUGUGAAGAUGAAAACUGGGAUGACGACCAGCUCUUGGGCUUUGAGCCAUGCAAUGAAAACCUGGUUACGGGCUGUAACAUCAUUGAUGGGAAGUGUGAAUGUGACAGUGUACGAACAUGCAACAACCCAUUUGAGUUCGCUAGCCAGGAAGCCUGUCAGACAGCCCUGCAGAAGAUUGAAGAGGAAAGGCCGGACUGCUCCAAGGCGAGAUGUGAGGUGCAGUUUUCUCCACGUUGCCCUGAAGACUCCAUAUUGAUCGAGGGCUAUGCUCCACCAGGUGAAUGUUGCCCCCUGCCCAGCCGCUGCGUGUGUAGCCCAGCUGGGUGUCUGAGGAAGGUUUGCCAACCCGGGCACCUCAACAUCCUGGUAUCCAAGAGCUCAGGCAAACCUGGCGAGUGCUGUGAUCUCUACGAAUGCAAACCAGUGUUCAGUGUAGACUGCAGCACAGUAGAGUGUCCACCAGUGAAGCCUGUCCAGUGUCCAGCAGACAGCUAUGAGACUCAGGUCAGACUGACAGCAGAUGGCUGCUGCACCCUUCCUACCAGAUGUGAGUGUUUGCCUGGCCUCUGCACCUUCCCACAGUGCUCAGCGGGGACUUCCCCACAGGUCGUGUCCCGUGGCGAUGGAACACCUGGGAGGUGCUGCGAUGUGUUUGAGUGUGUCAACGAGACGAAGCCAGCCUGCACUUUCAACGGAGUGGAGUACCAUGACGGGGACAUGUUCAGGAUGGACGCCUGUCGCUUCUGCCGCUGUCAGGGCGGGGUGUCCGUGUGCUUUACGGCCCAGUGCGGCGUCCUCCACUGUGAGCGCUACUACGUCCCUGACGGAGAGUGUUGUCCUGUCUGUGAAGACCCCAUCUACCCAGUGCUCAAUUUAGCCGGCUGCUAUGUGAAUGGGCAGAUCCUGGCUCACGGAGACCAUUGGCGUGAGGACGACUGUACCUUCUGCCAGUGUGUGAGUGGAGAGGCCCGCUGUGUGGCAGCUGCCUGCGGCCACAGCUGUCUCAAUCCUGUCACUGUGCCCGGAGAGUGCUGCCCUGUGUGUGAGGAACCCACCUACAUCACGAUGGCGCCCCCUGCCUGCGGCUCUCUUGACAACUGCACGCUGGGGGACAAGAGCUGCCCGUUCGGCUUCCGGCUGGACUCCAGCGGCUGCAGGACGUGCAGCUGCAAGACACGAGAUGAGUUGUGCAGUAGUCUAAUUGCCAGCUGCACUCUGAAAUGCCCUUUUGGCUUCCAGACUGACAUUCACGGCUGUGAUGUUUGCCAGUGUCGCCCACGUCACAAGAAGUGCAAAGCUGUAGCCUGUGCCAAGGACUGCCCCUUCGGCUACAUUAAGAACAAGCAUGGCUGUGACACCUGCCGUUGUAAGAAAUGCCCUGAACUGCCAUGUGACAAGUCCUGUCCAAUGGGCUUUCAGCACGAUGAGUUGGGUUGUCUGAUUUGCCAGUGUAGAGAUCAGAGCAUGUCGUCUGUGGCUCCAGCAGUGAAACUGGGCUCCUGCUUGUCUAUGGACGGCCGCAGGCACGAGAAUGGGCAGAGCUGGCAUGACGGAUGCAGGGACUGUUACUGCCAUGCUGGGAGAGAAAUGUGUGCCCUUAUUUCUUGCCCAGUUCCCCCCUGCGAUAACCCCACCAUCCGACCUGGCCACUGCUGCCCCACCUGUCCAGAAGAGUCCAGUUCCCAUAAGCCGGAGCUGAGCGAGGCGUCCGUGUGUUUGGCUCCGGGUGGAGAGUACUUUGUGGAGGGAGAGACUUGGAACAUUGACUCCUGCACUCAGUGCACCUGCCACAGCGGCCGUGUGCUCUGUGAGACAGAGGUGUGCCCGCCCCUGCUCUGCCACAGUCCAAUCAGAACGCAGGAUUCCUGCUGCCCUCACUGUCCAGAUGAUCCAGUCACCCCUCAGACGCCCAGUAACGACAGCAUGCCCAGCUACUGCAGGAAUGAGGAUGGUGAUAUCUUCUUGGCUGCUGAGUCCUGGAAGCCCAACGUCUGCUCCAGCUGCGUGUGUCUAGACGGAGCCAUCAGCUGCUUCUCUGAGUCCUGCCCACCAGUCAACUGCGCCCGGCCCGUGCUCAGGAAGGGCCAGUGUUGCCCAUACUGUCUCGAUGCCACGCCGAGGGCCGUGUGUCAUUUCAACGGGAAGACGUAUAUGGAUGAGGAGCGAUGGGACAUUGACAGCUGCACUCACUGCUAUUGCCUGCAAGGCCAGACCCUCUGCUCGACUGUCAGCUGUCCUGUCUUACCCUGCCAUCAGCCGGUCACCGUGGAGGGCAGCUGCUGCCCCAUGUGUCCAGAGAGUUACGCUCCCACAAAUGUGCCCAUCGAGAAGACGGACCAACGAGGAGACAAGCAGAGACAUCAACCAGCCUGGCCGACUCAUAGCGAAAACGAUAUUAUGCCACAGUUCAGAGGUGACUUCGGAAGUCUGCAGAUGCCCUACCUAGACGGCAAGACACCAUUGCCCAGUGAGGAUGCUGGUCUGCACUGGGCCUGGGUGGCACUGCCCAUCCUAAUGAUGAUGCUCACUAUCGCCGCCCUGCUGUUGGUCAACCAGCGUAAGCAGUGGAUCCCUGUGCCUUGCUACCGCACACCCAAUAAGCCUACGUGUCUCAAUAACCAGCUGGUGUAUGUGGACUGCCAGAAAGGGACAAAGGUCCAGGUGGACAGUUCCCAACGCAUGCUCCGCAUUGCAGAUCCUGACUCAAGAUACAGCGGUUACUACAGCAUGCAGAAACAGAACAACCUGCAAGCUGACAACUUCUACCAGACCGCGUGAGACACAGGAGAGAGAGAGAGAGUGAGUGAACGAGAAAGAGAGAGACUGAGCCCGUGUUCAGCUGCCAAACCUUUGCGGCACAUGGACACCUACUAAAAAACUGUAGAGACGGACAAAACCACCAAACCAAGUGGUCAGAGAAGAGACCCUGAUACCGAAUAACAAUUAUAAUAUUCACAUAAGUCACUCCAAGCAAAUCGAAAAAAUAUAUCACACGUCGACACCAGAAAGUCUCACCAGGAGAUGGAAGCAGCACCUAUGUAACUGAACCAUUACGGAGUGUGAUUGUUAAAUUGGAGAGGACUCUUCCAGAAUAUUUUUGUGAAUCAGAGGUAUGGUAGGUUGAGCAUCUUUUGUGUGUAAGCGUGAGAUUUCAUGGAUGUUCAGGCACAAGUUGAAGGUAGUCGUGAAGUCAAAUGAACGUUUUUGGGAUUAGGACAACUGGGGUGUUUUUGUUUGUUUGUUUGUUUGUUUGUUUUCAACAAAAAUUUUCCUGCAUUCCUAACUUUUUCUGUUGGAAAAGAGAGAAAUUAUUUUAGGAGUGAUACAUUUUUGACACAAGUGCUUGUGUGAACACUUAACGCUGAACCAAAGCUUCUCUGUCUACGAAACCUGAUAUGCCCAGAUCGGGCGAGAGGCCGCGGAGGGACGUUCACUUCCCGAAGACAGAGGAGGCGCUGGACUGUGUACGGAGCACAGCAGAGUGAUGGGUAGAGGGAAAAAAGAGGGAAAAUCAGACGAAAGAAAAUCUGUUGUUGCAACAGAUGCAUUUUUGUAGAAGAUGCUACUGUAAGAUUGUGAUUUCCCGUGUUGUGGGUGAGUUUGGCCUUUUUUUUUUCUAUUUUAAAGACAAAAGGAGGAAAGCAGAGUAAACUGCUCUGUGGACAUGAGUUCUUCCUGUUAAUGGAUGUGUGGGGUCUCUAUGUUGUAUUUCUGCUUAUAUGUACGAGCGUUUUCCCAUUUAAUCAUACAAACACCAUUUGCUCUUUCUCCCUCAACUAAGGGCAGAUUGACACUCCUAGAAAAUAUAUAUUUUCCUGAAACGAAUCCGAGGAUUGUGAAGCGAGAUGCAGGAACAUAGCGAUAGUGGUUUGGAUUUGAGGCUAUGCUUUACAAGUGCUGCUUUUUUUGCUUUGACUCUUUAAACCUCAUUUUGUCGGGAUGAAAACCAGUAGUGAGGAUUGUUUUCGUCUUUAAGAAACAUUUCCCAAGAAAACAGAAUCAAAGGGCCUUGUUCCUGAAAUGCGAGCAAAAUGUUUUUUUGUCUAAAUCGCUUGUAAAAACAUUCAUACGUUUCAAAAAUUGUGUAAUGUUUGUGUGAAUUUCUAACUAGGGGUGUAACGGUACACAUAUUCGCGCCGAAAAUGUUCAUUACAGGUCUUUUGGUUCAGUGCACAUUUUAAUCACUGCAUGUGUGUGGAACACAUUUAGAAAUAAGGUAUAUCGAUAUAUUUUCAAAUGAGAUAUAGGAGCUAUAGGACGAUACCAUUUAUAUCGAUAUACCCUGUUGCGAAUGCAUUUGAAAAUUAAACGCAGAACACAGAGUGAGUGAGUUUCAAACUAAGCUGAUUUCCCUCCUUUCAAAUGAAUGCACAUAGUUUGUUCAGUAUAUCACUGUUUAAUCGCUGUACCAAAAACAAAUGGUGAGUUCAAGUUGUUGUUUUUUUUGUGUACCGUUAUACCCCUACUUCUAACAUUUAAAAAAUAAUUGUAUGUAAAAUAAAGCAAUAAGCCCCAAGAAGCCAUGGUUUACAGUGAAUGUAUAACAGCUAAGGGGC